UGGGGCCGACGGCGCGAUGGCGGCUGCGUCGGGCUCCGCGCGCUUGCAGCGCUGCUGGGUGUCUCCGGCGGGCAGACACAGCGCCUCGCUCAUCUUCCUGCAUGGCUCAGGUGAUUCUGGACAAGGAGUAAGACGGUGGAUCAAGCAGGUUUUAAAUCAAGAUUUAACAUUCCAGCACAUCAAAAUUAUUUAUCCAACAGCGCCUCCCAGGCCUUACACACCUAUGAAAGGAGGGAUCUCCAAUGUAUGGUUUGACAGGUUAAAAAUAUCUAUGGACUGCCCCGAGCACCUCGAGUCCAUUGAUGGAAUGUGCGGGAUGCUUACAGACUUGAUUGAUGAGGAAGUAAAAAGUGGCAUCAAGAAGAGUCGGAUUUUAGUAGGAGGAUUUUCAAUGGGAGGAUGUAUGGCAAUGCAUCUAGCCUAUAGAAACCAUCAAGAUGUGGCAGGAGUAUUUGCUCUUUCUAGUUUUUUGAAUAAAGCAUCUGCUGUUUACCAGGAUCUUCAGAAGACAGAAGGCACCCUUCCUGAAUUAUUUCAGUGCCAUGGUACUGCAGAUGAACUAGUACUUCAUUCUUGGGGAGAAGAGACAAACUCAAUGUUAAAAUCUCUGGGGGUGAGCACCAAGUUUCAUAGUUUCCCAGGGGUUUUCCAUGAGCUGAACAGAGCUGAACUAGAAAAACUGAAGUCCUGGAUUCUUAUGAAGCUCCCGCGAGAAGUGGAAACCCAACAGGAAUGAAGCAGAGUCAGUGGAUAAACAUUUAAUGCCAUUUUGAUCCGUACUGCCAGAUUAUAACUUGAUAGUGAUAAUAAAAAUUUUAGAAGAUACAAUUUACUGACUAAUGUUGGGUUUUUUUUUUGUUAUUGAAAUAGCAAUGGUAUGUUAUUAAUGGUAAAUUUCACAAAUGUCUUUAUACUUGUUUUGGUACAUCUUUGCGACUAUUGGAAAUCUAUUAAGUAACUAAGAUUUUGAAUUUUGAAUGUAAUUGAUAAAAUAAAGACAAGGAGACAUAUGCAAA